AUGUUAUGGAAUAUUCUAUUAUUGGCAUUGUCGUGGAGUCUCGGUCAAGGUAUUUUUUUCAUUCAAAUAAGUAUAACUACUCUAGCAACUACAAGUUUUACCAACUGGUAUCUGGCAACAAUUCCUAUUGGUUCUAUGCUCUUUGUUGCUACUAUUUGGUCUGUAUUUUUACCACGAGUUAUUGCUCGUUACGGCUAUCGACCUCCAUUCUAUUUCGGUGCUCUGAUGGGUAUGAUUGGAGCUGGACUUUGUAUUGUAGCAGCAUGGUUUAAACUCUAUUGGUUACUAGUAGUGAGUGCUACAUUUAUUGGUGGACAAGUACCAUGUACAUUCUACUAUCGUCUGGCAGGAUUACAAUUUUCAACACAAGAAUUUGCUUCAAAAGCCAUUGCGAUGGUCACUGCUGGCGGUUGUCUGUCCGCUUUUAUUGGGCCAGAAAUAGCCAAACUUAUGAUCAAUGUACUUCCAAAGCAAUACAGUGGUGCUUAUUUAGCAGCAUUGGAAUCGACCUCGUUACCUACAACCAUGGACAGAAAUCUUAGUUCAAGUGGCCGUUCAAUCUUUACGAUAGUUGGCCAACGAACAUUUCUGAUUGCUGCUCUUGGUGGUUUUGUUUCAUGGUCAGCGAUGGGUAUUCAAAUGUCGGCUGCAGCGCUGGCAAUGAUUGGUUCUGGACAUACUUUUCCUCAAGUGAUAACAGCUGUUGAGUACCAUAUAUUAGGAAUGUUUGUACCGCCAUUUUUUACUGGAACUCUAUGUAACUGGUUUGGAAGCCGACUGGUUAUGCUCACUGGACUUUUGAUCCAAUUUGUGGGUACAUUUCUGUUUCAAUGUGGUUUUGAAAUUAUCUAUUUUGAUAUGGGUUUGAUUGUUGUUGGCAUUGGAUGGAAUUUAGGCUAUGUCGGAUCAUCAAUUCUAUUCACAAAAUCAUACUCCCCAGAAGAAAAAACAAAAACUCAUUCGCUGUAUGAAGCCAUAUUGAUGUUUAGCAUAUCGAUAUCAUUUUUCUCAUCGGCAUUUGCAGAACAAUUUCUAGGAUGGAAGACUUUAACUGGAAUGUUAAUUCGCAUCUACCUGGCUGCAGCUGUGCUCAUAGUGGUUGUAGAUACGGCAUUCGUAUUUUAUAAGACUAAAGAUUUACGAAUAGAAAUAACAGAUAACAACAAACAAGUAAAAACUCUAGAAUUAAAUAUACAAGCUGGCUCAGAGUUACAUGUUAGAUAA